CGCCUUGCAAUCCUACUCUCGCCGGAGAGUGGGCAAAUCUGCCUUGCCCUAGUAUCCGUUGCUCAUGAUUCCCCGGGCGCAUUGAUCUCACCAAUUCUUUUAUUUUCUAUUCUAUUUUUUUCUGCAACCACCGAGAUAAUGGCAAACGACUACUUUUCUGACAACGAAGCCUACAUCACGAACCAACCUCUGCCCUCCCCUUCGAGUACAAUCUACCAAUCCGUGUCGCGAAGAACUUCCCGCUAUGGAACCCCACUGGACGACAAUGGGCCAUUGACCGCCCCGUUGCCCCCAGACCCACGCGACGAUCAAGAAGAGGUCGAACCUCCUCCUGUUGCUGCUCAGAAUGUAUCCUUCCUGGACCCUAGACGUUUCACGCCAACUUUACAUGCAUCUCUCGUAUCCGAAAUUCUUUCCCUCAGACGCGAGCUAGACUCCAAGCACAAGUUCAUUGAAGACCUAGAAACCAGUUUCCAUGGAGUGCGGACCGAAAACGAUGCGCUGGAGAAACAGCUCGCUGCCAGCACCAAGGAAGCCCGAGGCGCCAAACGUCAACUUCAACAGUUUGAGAAUGGCACCUUAUCAGCGCUCGAGGAGAUUGUCGGUGAACGGGAUAGGAUACAAGAAGCCAAUACCGAUUUAAAAGCAAAACUCGAAGGAAUACAAAGAAAGAUUCGUACCCAGGAAGACGAUUCUACAAGAGUGCACGAUAUGUGGGCCAACGACAAAGAGGUGUGGGCCAGUGAAAAACGCUCGCUCGAGCGACGCGUGCACAUCUCCGAGACCCGGCUGAAGAUGAUCCUGGACGAACUCGCUUUACAGGAAACAAUACAAGAAGAGGAGGAAAUCGAGAGCGAAGGCGAAGGCGAAAGCGUCAGGCCCGAAAGUGAUGCUGGUAGCAUACGGUCAUCUCCCCAGCGAAGGUCAUCCACUCGAACAACUCGGCAUUCCAGAAACCUCAGCAACAGCAGCUACCGCAGCUUUGGGCGCAGUUAUCGCAUGUCGCACAUGAGCACCAUGGAUGGCCGUUCGACCGGCAUGAAUCUGGCCGACGAGUUGGCUUUCGAUGAGGAGGACGAGGAGCUUGACGAAUUGGAACUCGAUUCAGACGACUUCCCCGAAAAUGAAAUGAAGGCGAGAAGAGCACUUGAAUCGCGGCAGUCCAUGUAUCAAGAUGAAAAGGCGAAACGUAUACUUGGCCUUAGCAACGAAGUUCAACAAGCCAGCAGGGAUAGCCCUCUCGGAGUGACGUUAGCGGAUCAGGAGGAGCCAAAACCAGCACCUGAAUUGCACAAGUCCCUUGCGCAUCAGGGUGUCACCUUUGUUUUCCCUCCCAGCACUCCCAAGCAGGAAGCUGACGAGACCAAACCGCAAUAUGUCGACACUGGUGUCCAACCUUCGCCACCACCGUCUCCGGUGCGGCCGCAGACGCCCGCAGUUGCCAAGCCGACUGCGGAAGCAGUAUCACCAGCAUCCGAGAUUGAGGCAAACCAGAGGAAAAAGCGCGUGUCUGCACCGUCUAGUCCUUUAAUUCCGUUGUCCCAGGCAACCGUUGUUCCCAAUUUGAUGAUCUCAACAUCCUCGCAGACCGUUGAGGAGCCUUUAAGUCCUCCCGCCACACCUAUCAACGAAACGGGCAACCCACCGCCACCACCCUCCAAGCCGCAAGUUGCAUCCAUCUCUACUCAGACCGACUCCGUUACCGAGUCGGUGACGAAGCCACUGAUCCCCCCUCGUUCGCCUUCCCGCGCUCCACCUCCCGUGCCUAUUUCCAUUCCUUCUAUAGCCAUUCAUGCACCUACAUCAGCACCCCACUCACCUAGAGAACCAAUCCUGCCCCCUGGCACAAAGACCAUUGCGACGCAAACCAGCAACAGCAUGGCUCCGCAUAUGCGAUCAUUCGGUAUGCAGACUGAGCCUAUCCGUAUAGACAACCGGCCUGUCAAGCUACCCCCGCAUUUACUUCCGUCUGCCAUCAGGUCUACACCCGGUACGCCUGAGUCGGGAUUGGAACCGGAACGAGAACAACAUGGCGGUAUCGUGAACCGCAAAGAUUCGCAUCAGCUUGUCUCUCGCGCAUCGAGCACGAGAAACGCUGCACCCGCUGCUCGCCAGGAUCUGAAGGAGCUUUUGGAGAGGAUGCAAGAACACAAAGUUGAGGAUCGUUAUCCCGGCAACAACGACAACGGCCCUCUUGUUCAAGAAACAGAAAAUAGCAUCCACCGACCUUUCCGAUCGAGCAGCUUGUUUGCUGGGUUCCAUGGUGCAUCUUCUGACGAGGAGGUUUCGAACGCCGAGUACAGCGAAGACGAAGAUGUGGCUCCUCAAUACUCUACGCCCAUGCUCUCGUCACGCAAUGUCAAGAACGGAAGGGUAUUCAACAAUCCACCCACUCCCGUGCCAGAAGAGAAAGAGGCAUCGCCUGCUCGCCCAUCAGAGGAUUCAUUCAGAGGAUUCUCCAAGCGAAGUUCGAUGGAAAGGCCAGCAAAGGUGUCCAAAGCCGCGCGUGCACCAGUAGGGCGUCAAGCCAGCAUCCGAAGGUCCGCCAUGGUCCAUAACGGGACCGCAACUCACAUGCGAUCGCGAAGCCCAAGCAUUGGAAGCCUCAAUUCUAGCAAUCAUGCCCCCAAGCCUCCCUUCCCCGUUCCGAUGCGCUCAAGCUCUCGCAAUGUUCCGCUUAGCAAGAGCGAAGGUUCACAGAGCCCGACCUUGCGUAGCCAGGCUGCUUUUGCUGGACGACGCACCUAUGGCCAGAGGCCUCAGCGUCAAGAUAGCUUGAGGAAGGUCCGUUCGGCCGCUGUUAUGCAGAAGCAGGCCCGGCGUCCUCGAAGCCGAUCCCCACCUCUGCCAGCGAGCCCCGUGAUUCCCCCAAGCCCGUCUCUUCCACCCAUACCUUCAGAGCUCAUGGCCGGCCACAAAUUCGGUCAUCGACACCAACCAUCCACAAACACUACAUAUACCGGCAGUGGAUCUGUCGGAAGCGCUGGUUAUCAAGCAAGUGUGGUAGAUGCCAUCGCGGUAGCCAUGGUGGGCGAAUGGAUGUUCAAGUACGUGCGCAGAAGAAAAGCCUUUGGUGGGCCGGAACCGCCAGCGGACAUUUCUCGUGCAGGGGAAGAUGCAGUGUUGAACAGCAACGGCGUCCGCCACAAACGCUGGGUAUGGAUCUCACCUUACGAGCGCUCGGUUCUAUGGAGCCACAAGCAACCGACCACAGGCAACGCAUUACUAGGCAAGAGUGGCCGCAAGCUUGUCAUCCAAUCCGUCCUAGAUGUUGCUGAUAACACGCCAACCCCCAAGAGUGCAGGAACGCAGGCUCUAUUCAACCGUUCCAUCCUCAUCCUUACCCCAGCCCGUGCUCUCAAGUUCACCACGAUAUCCCGUGAGCGUCACUACACAUGGCUAACGGCGCUUUCCUUCCUCGCACACUCGAGCGCACCCAUUCCUGAAUUGGCACCUCCCCAAGAAGAGGAUCUACCUCAGUACCAGCAUGCAGGUGCCACUUUACGUCGCUCACAUGUUCGCGACUCUGUCCGUCUUGCCAAAGGCAAAGCCAAUCCAGUCACGCAAAGAUACAAGACCCAGGUAGAAACGAUGCCAGAAAUCCCCUCGGAAUUCCGACCCGAGAGGCCCAUGCCCGCAUACGCCGACCCGCCCACCAUCCCUCGCGGGCCAUCCCACGGACGAAAGAGAAGCUCGACCGGUCCCGGGGCCCCUCCACCCAGUAUUGCCAUCUACAGGUCGUACUCGCACAACCAGGUACCCUCCCUCUAUUCCUCCGGAUCAUCCGACAUGUACAGCAGCGCGCAACCCCCCUCCGUUCCCUCCUCCGUGUACAACCCGCAAAGCGUCAUGACUAGCACGCGUCCAUCCGAGUCCAGCACUUCAACUAGACAGCACUUCUUCGACACCAUGGGGACUGUGCGCAUGGAAGCUUUCAUCAACGACUCCGUCGGCCAGCAACCUCCAGCCCCAACUCCAGCGCCCCGUGCUACCGGAUUCGCAGCAUCGCGCAAGAUGAAGCGGAGCGGCAGCAACUGGAGCGCGAGCACGAACGAACAUGCACGAAACGGUCUUGUCGAUGACUUCAUGAGCGAAUCAAACGAUCCCUUCCGAGGCUUCUGA